CGCACGCGCAAGGCUGCUCUGCCAUCACCAAGAUGUGCUACGUUGCCUCUUACCUGCUGGCCGCACUCGGGGGCAACUCGUCCCCCAGCGCCAAGGACAUAAAGAAGAUCCUGGACAGCAUGGGCAUCAUCGAGGCGGACGAUGACUGGCUCAAUAAGGUCAUCAGUGAGCUGAGUGGGAAAAACAUUGAGGACGUGAUCGCCCAGGGCAUUGGCAAGCUGGCCAGUGUGCCGGCUGGUGGUGCUGUUGCUAUCUCUGCCACCCCUGGAGCCGCAGCCCCUGCUGCUGGCUCUGCCCCUGCUGCAGCAGAGUCUGAGGAGUCCAAUGAUGACAUGGGGUUCGGCUUGUUUGACUAGUCACCGCCCUAAUAAAACACCUUUCUAGACCUGAAAA